UCAUCUUUUCUAUGUGAAUGCAAGUCUGUGCUCACUUCUAUGCUUAGCCAUAUUUGUACACAGAGAGUGACAUCACAUCACUUGAAAGUCAGAUACGGUUUAUUAGCAUUGAGUAUGUUAGCUGGUUGUAUGGUUUAUUCAGAGAAUGGCCAACGUUUGAUGAACAGGGGUGAAAAAACGAGAAAGGCAAUCUACGAAUGUUCCUGGAUGGACAAACCAAUCUGGGUACAGAAAGCGCUUCUGAUCAUGAUGAUGAGAAACACACAGGAUUUCGAAAUUAAUUUCUACGGAAUUUUCAAAACUAACAGGAGUAACGUCAGCAGUUUACUACAGGCUGCCUACUCCUACUUCAGCUUCCUAAACAAUACAAACUGAAUAGCUAAUGGUUGAAAUAUUUGUUUCAAUGGUUGAAAAGUAAUCUAUAGUUUAUAUUAUGAAACUAAAUAUAGUGUAGUUUACUUUGUAAAUAUUAAUAAACGAAAUUUGAAGAAACUUUAUAAUUAAUCUAUAGUUAAUAUUAUGAAACCGAAUAUAGUAUAGUUCACUAUGUAAA